CAAUGGCCAUUUCCAUUUGCUUUGCAAUAUUGUUACUUAUGUCUAGGAUCUCGUAUGCUUAUGAGUGCAAUUAUACUUCCAUCAUCAGCUUUGGCAACUCACUAGCAGACACAGGCAACAUUAAAAAUCUAGUCGCUAUUCAUCACAGCGAGCCACCGCAUUUUUUAUUCCCACCUUAUGGAGAAACUUUCUUUCAUAAACCCACUGGUCGCUGCUCCAAUGGCCGCCUCAUUAUUGACUUCAUAGCUGAAGGUCUUGGAUUGCCAUUGAUACCACCGUAUGUGGGUGACAAGAGCAAUCUUAGAAAGAAAGAAGUACGACAAGGAGUGAACUACGCGGUGGCGGGUGCAACCGCCUUGAGUUCAUCUUUUCAUGAAGCAAGAGGAGUUUCAAAUCCAACUACCAAUGCAAGCUUACAAGUUCAACUCAAAUGGUUUAAACAAUCCAUAUGUCCCACUUCUUCAGAUUGCCAACACUUGCUUCAACAUUCACUAAUUCUUAUGGGUGAGAUUGGUGGCAAUGACUACAAUCAUGAACUAAGAGCGGGUAAACCCAUCAAUGAAGUCAAGUCGUUUGUUCCUCUUGUUAUCAAAACUAUCAUUGCAGCAGUUAACGAAGUAAUUAAACUUGGUGCUAAAACCAUCAUUGUUCCUGGAAACUUUCCCAUCGGAUGCUCAUCAAGCUAUUUGGCGAUGUACAAUAACUCUGAUACCAAGAUGUAUGAUAACAAAACUGGUUGCAUCAUUUGGUUAAACAAAUUUGCAGAGUACCAUAAUCAACUACUCCAAAGGGAAUUAGAGAAAAUCCGAAAGUUUAAUUACCACCAUGUCAAUAUCAUUUAUGCUGAUUACUACAAUGCUGCCAUGCAGCUUUAUCGAUCCCCAAAAGAAUUUGGGUUUUUGAACGGAGCUUUGAAGGCAUGUUGUGGUGCAGGAGGACCAUAUAACUUCAACGAGACAGUUGAAUGUGGUGCUGCAUCAUCCACUACAUGUGCUGAUCCAGAUACAUACGUUAGCUGGGAUGGAGUACAUUUGACAGAGGCUGCAUAUAGAUUGAUUUAUAGGAGUUUAUUUAAAGGUUCAUACACCAUGCCCCGAUUCAACUCCUUGUGUAGAAGCUAAAGGCAUCUCGAUUUAUGCACCGUGAAUGUAGUACUAUAUAAAUUCAUAAACAUAAUAAAGCUAUCAAAUACAUAUGGAGCAAUGCAUAUACAAUAAGCAUGGUGUAUAUAUUAUGAGAUUCGUGUACGGAUUUAUAUUAUGCAUAUUUAAUGAUGGUUUUUGUAACACCACACCCGAAAAUAAUAUGAUGUUGCAUA